AUGGCCGCUUUACAAAAAUCGGCACUAUCUUCAAUGGACCCAAACCUCCCUACCCGUCCUCUGGCCAGGAAACGAUCGGCGAGAGCCACCAAUCCAUCUCCUCUACGAAAGCAGUCCGACUACCAACUUGUUGCCCCCCUGAAAACUGCACCGACUGUUGCUUCGAGGCCCCCACCAGCUCCCUCCAGUACUGCAAACCAGAAACAAUUGGGUGAUCCGAAAACCCCCAGAGUUGCAGUGAAAGACCGAAAGAAAAAGCUAUUGUGUGCCACCCCACCACAGGUUCUGCAGGAUACAAGAGGACGGGCGGAGUAUGAUCGUGGAAGACAGCUUGGUGAAGGUGGAUUCGCAAGGUGUUUUCUGGUCCAGAAUAAAGAAGGUGAACUAUUCGCGGCAAAAACUGUCGCGAAGAAAAGUCUGCAAAACCAGAGAAUGAAGGCCAAGUUUUUCGGGGAGAUUCAAGUUCAUAAGACAAUGAUCCACCCAAAUGUCGUCAAGUUUGUCGAGUGUUUCGAAGAUAGUGACAACAUCUACAUGAUUUUGGAACUGUGCCCAAAUAAGUCAUUAAUGGAUAUGUUGCGAGCCCGUAAGCGAUUUACCGAACCUGAAACAAGAUUCUUCUUAUUGCAACUCUUAGGUGCAUUGAAAUAUAUGCAUGGAAAGAAAGUUAUCCAUCGCGAUCUUAAACUCGGGAAUAUAUUUUUGGACGCAGACAUGAACGUCAAAAUUGGUGACUUUGGGCUUGCAGCUUUGCUUAUCAACGAAAACGAUCGCAAGAGGACAAUAUGCGGGACACCAAAUUACAUUGCUCCAGAGGUUUUGUUUGGUAGUGGAAAGGAAGGGCAAGGACAUAGCUUCGAGGUUGACCUCUGGGGAGUUGGUGUUAUUAUGUAUGCUAUGCUCGUCGGGAAGCCUCCUUUCCAAGCUGGUGAUGUAAAUGUUAUCUAUCAAAAAAUUCGCCAUAAUACCUUCAGUUGGCCUGAGGAGGUGCCCGUUAGUUCAGCAGCAAAGCACCUAGUUCACUCAAUUCUCAAUCAUGACCCCGAUGCUAGGCCUACACUGGACGAUAUUGCCGACCAUUAUUUCUUCAAGUCUGGUUUUUUUCCGAGAUCGAUUCCAGUCGGCGCUGGCAAGCAACCACCAUCUUUAAUUUCAACGCGGUCCUCAUCGCAACAGUCCUCGCAGCCUUCCUCGCAGUCUUCUUCGCAACCUUCUGAAGGCCCGAUCAUUCCGUUUGGCCCUAACCUGAGUUCCAAGAUUGGUGUCCCUAUUCGUUCAACCGCCACAUCUACAGUACUCUCAUCAUUAAGAUCCUUCAUUAACAGCCUUGAGGCAUUUGCCAGCUCGAGACUUCAUACUCUAUCUCCGAUACCAGCCGCUACCAUCGCAGCAGUGAAGUCUUCUCGCAGAGGUGAAUCCAAUAAGCAUGUUUUUAUCACAAAAUGGGUAGAUUACACCAAUAAGUAUGGGGUGGCAUACAUUCUCACAGACGGUACCUGCACAGCAAUGUUCAAUGAUAACACCUCGUUUGUAGUAGAUAGCAUCAGUGGUGAAAGGGUCGAGUUCAUUACUCAGUCAUACAUCAGUGAUUCUUCGCAGGACACUGUAUAUCGAAGGCUUCAGACAAAGAUGGAGGUCCUCAACGAGAAGAAGAGGACCAGCAAAGGACUUGCCAGGAAGAUGCAGAUGUGGAAGAGAUUCAAAAACUACAUGAAGUCGGAUUUAGAGACUGUCGAGCAAUGGUGUGUGGAAAGAGACUCUGUAAUCAGGGAGCCAACAGUUGGCGGUGGUGACGAUCCUGGAAUGCUAUUCGUUACCCAUUAUACAAGGCUGAAGAGAUGUGCGCUCUUCCGCUUCUCUGAUGGAUCCUUCCAGGUUUGUUGCUCCAAUAGUUAA